AUGGCCUCUGAAGUGCGCGGCCUUGCGCCGUCAGUCACAGGCGUGCCCUCUGGCAGCGAUACGGAUAUGAAGUAUUUGCAGAAGCAUAUGGAGCGCAUUCGUACGCACCAGCCGCGGCCUGCUGAGACGCCAGCGCAUCUGUCGACUCCCAUGGCAGAGCGUGGCGUGCUGGAGCAGAUUGCCUCCGAUGACGAUCCGAAGAAGCGCAUGGAGUGGCAGCGUAUGCUGCGCUCUGUGUUGGAAAGCGAUGUCCUGAGCUCCGAGACGAAGCGCAUUACCGCCGCGGAAGCGUCCGCACCGACGCCUGCCGAAGUCAUGCAUCGUGUAUGGCUAAGCUUGCAUGCGAUGUAUGCGGGGCGGCCUGAAUACAUGGACCAGCCCGAAGGGGAGGAAAGCUACCUUCGCGAGGAACGAGCACGAAUCGUGCCCAAUGUCAUGGACGAUGUCUUGCGUUUUCGUGAGUCGGCCACCGAGACGAGUCCCAAGGAGGAGGUGUACAAGGAAGUCGUCACGCUCCUUGACCGUGUCGACUAUGUCACGCGUCUCUUCCCAUCGCACCGCCAGCUAGCGGAGGCCUAUCCUGCCUGGACGCAUGAACUCUUCCAGCGCAAACUAGCCGCGAUUGUCGCCUGGCACAAUGUCGCCCAUGAGCUUUCUGCGCAGGUGCGCUUGCUGCAAAAGUGGACCGGUACACUGACGUCGCCGGGCGGCACACUACGCCCCACGAUCCAGUCGUCGCAGCCCGGUGACGUGAUUGACGAUGACUUGACGGUGAUUGAGCGUAUUUUCCGUGAGAGUACAAUGCACCAGACCUUUGAGCAGCGAUCGUUGCGGCGUCUGCGGGUCUUGGUCGAGCUUGCGCGUGAUGCUCUGCGUGAUCACCACGAUAUGUUUUCGCAGCUGCACCUGCCGUCGCUCGAGUCGGAUACACUGCCCCUUGUUCGCUUCCCCAUGUGGCUUGCCGAAGGCGCGUUACGGCAGCGGCUGGAAUAUGCCGAUAAGCUCAAGGAGCCUAGUAUUUUGCUGGUCGACUCCCUUGCCGACGAUCUGCGGUCCGUGUUGGCCCUGGCGUGCCGUAUCAAAGAUACUUAUACCCUACUUACAAUUCCCGAGCCGGAGAUCGGCUGGAACUUGCCGUUGGAAUCGGACGACAGCUUUGAUGCGACGAUCUGCAGUGCCCUGCACUUUUUCUUCCGUCUGCUGCAUUUCCGGCUGAAGAGUGUGCCGUACUUCAAAGAGCUCGAUGUCCUCGAGCCUGAGUGGGACUUUUUGUUCGAGGCCGUGCAUGUGGUGCCUGGCGCGGAUGUGAUUGUCGCGCAUCGGACGGCCACCCUGGUCAACCGCGUGUUUGCGCGUAUCAUUGCGUACUUCCAGCGCGAGAUUCAAGCGCCUGCGAUGGCGCCCAAGGAUGCCCACCCUGACGUGAUGGCCGCUGCUGCGCUGGCAUCCACGCCGCAUCCCAUGCCGGCGACUGUGGGCCGACUGACGCAGGGCCGUGUCCCGAUGAGUGUGGCGGAUAUGACGCGGUGGAUCCAUACCGUGUUUACCAACACUCGUGUACGCAGCCGCCAUGCCACAGGCUUUGCGCGGCGUAUUCGCACGCUGCUUGAGACGUCUGCCGAGUACGAUUUGCGUGUUCUGAAGCAGGCUAAGCCGGUGCCGAUGUCGCCGCCCACCACGUCGCCAGCCUCGCCAGCCCAGAAGCCGCAUGAUCUGCACACGUUUUUGCAGACGCUCCUAGCGCAUGACUACUUUCUUGUGUACACGUCGGCGUUUGAGGAGCGAGGUGUCUUUGUCUUGGCGGAGCCAGGGCUUGAUGAUCAGCCCCAAACGAUCCAGAACCUGAUUUUCCAGUGCGUGCGACCGCACCAGCCAUCCAUGAUGAACGACGCGAAUAGCGGUACGCCUGGGACGUCUGCCGCGCCUCAUUACUUGCUGUUCCUCACACCGCGGGAGCCGUUCUUAUGGACAGGCCGCGUGAUGACGCUGCCGUUGCCAUGGAUUGAUAUUGAUAUGAAGGACCAGCGUCUGCGCCUGGUCGCCGAUGGCACGGGCGCACGGCUGGAGCAGUGCAAGCGCCACUUUGCGUGGCUGUUUGCGCAGCCUGGCGAGGCAGCCGCGCAUGGCAGCAGCUAUGCGCCUGCCUCGUUCCCUUUGACGGCCGUGUAUGAGCGCAUGUCGCAUCUGUAUCUCAUCCAGCAUGAGCUGAAGCUCAUGACCAAGGCCGGCUACGUCUUGACUGAUACCGUCGUACGUGCUGUGCCUGUCGUACGUCGGCAAAUGCUGCGCCUGCGGCCGUUGCCCGCGUCCGAUCGCGCUGCUUGCGACGAAUUGGUGCACAGCUGCUUUGGCAUUGCCUUUGACCAGGGCGCUCGUGCGCUGGCGUACAUCCAAAGUGUGCGUCUUCAUGCCCUACUCUCCACGGCGCUCGUGCAGCUGUCGAUGGAAUGGAUUUCGUUUAUAUGCGACGACUGUGUCCCGACGGAGCGCCUUACGUUCAAGUGGGCCGUCGCUGCGCUCGAGCAGGCGAUGAAGACGACGACAGGGGAGAACAUUUUCUUACUGAGUGAGCGCGAAUUUGUGCAGCUACGUACGUGUGUAUCGAGUUGUAUGGCGCUGCUUAUCUCGCACUUUGACGUGCUGGGCGCACGCAGCAAUGCCCUGCAGGAGCAGGAAGUAAAGCGUGCGCAGCGUCUGGGCGAGCCACGCCGACUGACCGCCUACGAUGAGGUCAUGGCGUUUGCCAAGACACUCAGUGAGCAUCGUCUUGCGGCGCUGGCUGUGCAUGACGAGACGCGCGAAGAGCAUUUGCGCGAGCGGCGCUUGAUUGGCCACGUCCUGGACGAUACGCGACUGGAGAACCGCAAUUUGCAAUUGCUCGCGUCAAAGGGCGUGCAAAUGCGCUGGCAGCAAGGUCGGUUUAUUGGUGGCGGAACGUUCGGUACUGUGUACCUGGCCGUGAAUCUCGAUACCGGUGGCCUGAUGGCCGUGAAGGAGAUUCGGUUCCAGGAGCUGUCGUCGCAGCCGGCACUUUUCCAGCAGAUUCACGACGAAAUGCAGGUCAUGGAAAUGCUCCGCCAUCCCAACAUUGUCGAGUACUAUGGCAUUGAAGUCCAUCGGGAUAAGGUGUACAUUUUCGAAGAGUACUGCCAGGGCGGCAGCCUCGCACAGCUGCUGGAGCAUGGCCGCAUUGAAGACGAAAUUGUGUUGCAGGUGUACACGCUGCAACUGCUCGACGGGCUGAUGUACCUCCACUCCAAGGGUGUAAUCCAUCGCGAUAUCAAGCCGGAAAACAUUUUGCUGGAUCACAUGGGCGUCAUCAAAUUGGUCGACUUUGGCGCUGCGAAAGUGUUCUCGAACAAGUCACGCACCGUCAAACUCCCAGCAGGCGGGCGACGUGCGCCACUCGUCCUGCCAGGCCGCUCCGAUCAGCCUGGGCAGAGCUUGCAAGGUACGCCGAUGUAUAUGAGCCCCGAAGUCGUGCGAGGCGAGGACAAGGGACGGCCUGGCGCCUUGGAUAUCUGGAGCUUGGGCUGCGUCAUUCUGGAGUGUGCGCGUGGUCAGCGCCCAUGGAGCCAUCUCGAUAAUGAAUGGGCCAUCAUGUUCCACAUCGGCAUGGCGCAGCAGCAUCCCCAGCUGCCUGAUCCGUCGCAGCUCAGUGCGCUGGGCAUCGACUUUAUUCGGCAGUGUCUUACCAUCGAUCCAUUUGAGCGGCCGUCCGCCGUGGAGUUGCGGCAGCAUGCAUGGAUUCGCGACUUGGUCGACGAGCUGAAUGCCGAGAACGAGCUCGAAGAAGCGGAAGCCGCAGCGGCCGCCGCCGCUGCGGCUGACACGUCCACGUCCGCCGCGGAGACUACCGUGACCGACCGGCAGGCCGAGGCCACAACGAUCGAUCCCUCCUCGUCCAGUACUGACGAGGGAGAGACCGACGACGACGCAGCGAUCCCUACGGAGUCGGAAGGCCUCUUGCAGGCCAAGCAGGAUACGCUAGCGCAAGCCGCUGCGGCUGUAGCUACGCCGCAUGACGCGGAGGCAUCGGCCACGUUGAAGCCUUCUCCCCCGUCUACGCAGCGUCGUGUCUCGUUCAACGAUGCGGUGGAUACCAACACGACAUCCACGCCACGCUGGGAACCUGGCCACCCAGACCACAGUCACCCAGGCUACGAAGCGCUGGUCGCCGACGUGCAGUACCGUCGGGAAGAAGAGCAGAUCAAAGCGAUGCUGGAGCCCGAUUGA